ACGGAUUUGGGGCCUUUGGCCCAGUGGUCGCACCACUUGCCCCCCAUACAGCCGGCCCUGAUGAGACCUGCCGUUCUGCAGCCACCGAAGUAUAGAAGCGAUCCCUGUUGAUCUGAAGAAGAUUACUAGAUUUGAAGUCACACCAAAAGAAACUCCUUUGCAAAGUUGAAUCGAGGGUUUGCUUGGAACGUAAGGAGAGAGAUGGCAACGAGGACGAUGAGAGCGAUAAGAGGCCAAGUAAGCUACAUCCGAUCCCUUUAGAUCUAGAGGUAGAGAUAAUGAACAUAUUGCCUGUAAAGUCUCUUAUGAGGUCCCGAUGCGUGUCGAAGGUGUGGUCUUCCAUCAUCCGAAGCCAAGGGUUCGUCCAUGCUUACUACGGUAUGUCCGCUGCAACCUGAUCCCGGUUUAUAGUCGCUUUCAGCAACAGUGCAUACAUCAGGAGUGGUGCAGAGCGUCUGUUCAUAUUCUCUUCUUCACUCCAGGAGGGAGAGGAAUCUUCUUCUUUGGUUGCCAAUAUCGACAUGACAAUACCUUUGUUGAGCUUGUGUCACUUUUCCAGGGUAAUAAUAGUUUUCGACUGCACGAGGUUAUCAGACUUGGAGGCGGCCGAGGAGGACGAGGAGCAAAAUCUCGUAAUGAGUUAACCUCCCCGCCUUAUUGCCCUCUAACGGAUGGACUAUGCAUUAAUGGUUUUAUGUAUAGUGGGGCUUGGGCCCCAAGACCGAAUCUGGUGAUUGUUUGUUUUGAUGUUAGACAUGAGAAGAUAAGUUUUAACAAAAUGCCUAAGGAUGUCCUGAUUAUGCUGAGUUAUUCAGUGUUGAUAGAAUACAAAGGGAAGUUAGCUUCCAUUGUUAGACACCGAUCUUUGAGCUUCCGCAGUUUUGAUAUAUGGAUUUUAGAGGAUGUGAAGAAAGGUGACUGGUCCAAGCAAACAUUUGAGCUUCCUUACGAUUUGGUGAAUAUGACUUCCCCCGGUACUAACAAGGCUGGUGAAAUCAUUUUUGCUCCAAAAGAACUGUCACGUGAUGCACAACCCUUCUACAUUUUAUACUACAAUAUUGAAAGAAAAGACUUGAGAAGAGUUUGGAUCCAUGGGAUUGCUGAAGAUGAAGGUUUUAGGCGCCGUUAUGGACUGGUGAGCGAUUGCAAUGUCUCUGUCUCACCCCAACAUGUUGAAAGUAUUGCCUUUUUAUAAAUGUAUUUUAUGUAUUUUGGUUUGUUUCUCAAACCCGGUUUACAAGAGUUAAAUAGAGACUGCGUUGCUUAUAA